AUGGCCAAUCAAAGCAUGAUCCAGCGCGGCCAAACCAGCAGCGCCGCUAAUUACUUUAUCAACAACUGCCCUCUAUAUGACGGGGAGAAAGCCAGGGCCCGUACGGACAAUCCUUACGUGGCGAAAGAUCUCUGGAAAAUCGCCAUGUCUGCUUCCAGAGAGCUUGGAUGCCGUGAGACGGCCAUGAAGCGUGAGAGGAUUCGGAUCAAGAAACAAUGGCGUGAUCUCAACAGUAGAUUGGAUAACAGUGAUGCUAUCACAAAAGCCUCGUCCUCGUCCUCGUCCCGUCCCCAGGAGAACAUGCUAGUGAAACGUGAAACUUGCAGAGCCAUUUAUUUUUAUGCAAGCGAGCAAACUCCUCGAAUUCCUCGUUCCUCCAAUUCCAGCCCUCAGGUCUGCGAGUGGCUUUCCCGUAGAUUCUUCGGUCGUCAUAUCUCCGACCACAGUGGUGAUAUUAGAAAAUUGAACCGGGAGCGGAGCUGUAGGAUAAUCAACGGCCCUGCCGCCAUGGCCCAGACCCGAGAGCGUGUGCGCACCUUAAGAGAGCUGAUGCAUAUAGAAUUUAUUAAUCGCGGGAUGUUAUUGGAACAUUCACCGCUACGCUACCACAAUAUUCUAAUAACUGGCAUCAAUAAGGAGGAACGAUACCUCGAGUAUUUUCAAGGGGUGCGCGUGCGAGAGAUCAAGGCGUUGAGUGGUGAUAGAACACAACGGGGAAUAAAGAUGGCCGGGUACUUGCGAAAACUAAAGGACAAUGUGCAUGAUUUUUGUUUCCAGAAAAAGUUCACACAUACUGUGAAAUCCAAGAACAAGAAGGCGGAUAUAUCAGCCCAGGCCUGUAGGGCACACAUGAAUAACAUCGGGGUAUGGCAUAAAACCUUCAAUGAACUGGAGGAGAAGGCCAAAAGAGCUGCAUUGAACGAUCCAAGAGUUGGCCAUGGUUCAAAUGUCCUUUGUUUGAGUGCGGUGCCUUGGUACAUGGAGUAUGAUUUUGCGAAGGAUCGAAUUCUGGGUACAGGAUUAUCGAACUCGAUUGCAGCUGGCGAUUGGCUUAAGAAAGCGCGCCCUAACUUUGUGUUUGAUACCGAUGGGGAGAGAAGCUCGUUGAGGAUGGUGGUGAAUGUUGGUAACAAUUUCAGGGAAGAGUACCAUAAGGCAUCAAAUCCAUCACCACCUUUCGACCCUUCCAAUCUUUGGCGAAGUGGCAUUGCUUUAUCUGUAUCGCCAGUGUCUCAGACUAGUGGAGAUCAUACCGACAACGAGGCUGCCGUCCAGACCAGCAACAAAGUGGUCUAUGCAUCGCUUCAUUCAAUAUGGGAUGAUUCAGAUGUUGAUGCAUCAGAUGAAUCUGAUAAGGAUGAGAAAUCCAAAAGACGCCGACUCAAAUAG